ACUGAUGCGCACUGAUAGGCGACACUGACUGGCACUGAUAGGUGGCACUGAUUGGCAGCACUGAUAGGUGGCACUGAUGGGUGACAUUGAAAGGCAGCUCAGAUGGGCACUGAUAUGUGGCAUUGAUGUGCACUGGUAUGCACUAUGUGGCAUUGAUGUGGCACUGGCACAUGGCACUGAUGAGCACUGACAGCUGGCACUUCUGGGGCCACACUGAUCAUCAGUGCCCUGAUGAUCACUGUCAGCGUGACAGCUCGAGAGGAGAGAAGUGCCGAUAACCGGCAUUUCCCUGUUUACAUGUGAUCAGCUGUGAUUGG